AUGACCGCAGUCGUGUCACUUCUGCUCGACCAGCAUGACUAUGCAGUCCAGGCCCGCAGAGUCCCGCCCCCUUAUCCGCCAAUGACCCUUGAUGGGCGAAACCUUGUCAUUGUAUCUUGCAUCAUGAUGGCACUCACAACCAUUUGGACUAUCAUGCGCAUUAUGUCGAAGUAUAUCGUUGGCGCGGCCUACCUUGUUGAGGAUUAUUUCUACUUGCUUGGCCAGGUCUUCUUCUAUGGAGCUGCGAUCUCCUGCAUUCUCUCUGUCGUUCUUGGAGGCGCUGGACACAAUAUUUCUGAUCUUGAACACAACAUCCACGUCAACUGCUUUUACAAGACAUUCCUGGCUGCACAAGUCACAUACGCCGGCGGACUACUAGCUUUCAAACUGAGCAUUAUUUUGUUGACCCAACGCAUCUUCUCGGAUUUCGGUCGCUGGUUUCGGAUUUCGUGCUGGGUCGCAAUAGGGCUCUCCAUCGUCUGGGGACUUUACACUGGCCUCGUUGGACUGAUAAUUGCAAAGACCAAGCCGGGCAAUGGAGGAAGCAAGCUUCUGUUCAGCCUGGUGCCUAUUUUCGACAUUCUCACCGACGUUAUCAUCGUUGCUCUGCCGAUGAAAGUCGUCAGCACCUUGCAAAUGUCCAGACCGCAUAAGAUUGCACUCUACCUCAUAUUUGGUGCCGGAAUCAUGCUCUACCCCGAGGACAAAGAUACUGACGCAACAGCGAAACACAGCACCAUUCUGUUUUCCGGCGUCCGUUUAUAUCAUACCCUUACCGUCGACUAUGGGAACAUAACGAAGAGUUUUGCCUCUGCACCUUACAGUGCUGUACUACAGAACGGCAUUGCAGUCAUGGUGGCAUCCAGCCCUAUCCUUCGGCCCAUAUUCGACCGAACGAAAGCCAGGUGGCUAAAUCUAUCAAUCCGGGGCAACGGAAGGACUAUCGCCACGGGGCAUGUAAGGACUUUAAGAGGUCCCGCGACCACGCGCAACCGUUCUGAUGCACGAACGACUCUUAGUCGAAGCGAUGGUUUUAAGCAGAUGACGGACAACAGCGACGCGGAUGACAGCCUUAGUUGGGAACUGGAGGAUCUCGAGACCUUGAGGCGAAAGAGUGACCAGGCACAAAUUUCGGCUCAUGCAGAAGCCCAAGCACCUGAUCGUGUUAGUCCUCUCUCGCUUGGCGGAGGAAUUUCUGUUACACAUACUUUUACAAUAGAGUCUCAUGUGACUCGGCUGCCCUCGUUUUCUGGUUUCGUUUCCACGGAUGUUCAGCCCAGCAAGGCCGACGUAGCUUAG